ACUACAGCUGCUAGUUACACGCGCACAUGUGCGUUAUGACAUCGCGGAAGUGUUUGGGUACUUGCGGGUGUGCGCAGUCCGCGCUCUCUGACAAGUGUACGCCGUAAAUGGCGAAGCGGUGUUUACGUGUGCCGCACCGAUGUAGUAGACACGGUAGACAUUUCGCGAUGUGGCCGUGUUGUCAAGGCAAUGCAGGAGAACCGCGCUGUGUUUAUCUUCACCCGAGCAACGCGGACUAAAUUCCUAAUGAACAUUGUCACCGCGAUAAGCGCGUGAAAUUGUUCGACGGUGUGGUAUACCUUCGUGCGAUGACUGCCAGUCGUUCACCGUGUCCGUGUUCAUUGCCUAACAUGGUAUACACAAGGCCUUUAAUCGAAAAUCGCCUCGCCGUUGGACCAGCGGACAUUAUUCGGCGCCUACUCGUGUAGUGGUGCCGUGCAUUGGGUGGCGUAUCGUGUGCCUUCGGUCGUCAGCGUGAAAGUAGUCGCGGAUCUCCGAGACCUGUUGAUGAUCUAGAAGCUGUGUCCUUUUAACGGUGCUUAUAGGAACCACGGGGAAAAAACGGCAAUGAGUGUGCUCACGGAAAAUUGCGUUCUGUCGCGAACGCGAGCUCAGGAUCUGAAGAGCGUUCGGAAACUAAACUGCUGGGGGAGCGAGCUGGAGGAUGUCAGCAUCGUGCGAAAGAUGUCUCACGUCGAAGUCCUUUCAUUAAGCGUCAACAAUAUCAGCACACUGGCAGACUUCGCGCACUGUAAGAAUCUCCAGGAACUUUAUAUACGAAAGAAUAACAUUGGAGACUUGAACGAGGUUCUCUACUUAAAAGAUCUUCCUAAACUUAAAAAUCUUUGGCUGGCCGACAACCCAUGUGCGGAAAGUGACAACUACAGGAUGACGGUGUUGAGGCAUCUGCCAAAUUUGCAGAAACUGGACAAUCAGACUGUUCAGAGCCACGAGGUGGAGAGAGCCCAAGUGCAAGGGGCCGUGCUUAUUCUUCCAACCCUCGACACUACUGCUACCGAAGAGAAGGCGCCGCAGACAGCACCUAGCAGUAAUCACAACAACCGUCAACAGUCCAGUGGCAGCCAGCCAUCGGCCAGGUUCAGUCCACCGCAGGCGCGUCAGAAUGGCUCCGAGGAAGUACACCACAAGUACAGCAAUGUUCCACGGCCGAGGGAGCUUGAAGUGGAAGCGCCGGCCACAGAAGUCAAUGUGCCAAACAGGGCGACUGCCUUCCAGAGCCCUCCAGUAAUCAGCACACCAUGUAAAGAUCCCCCCAGGCUUGCCGAAGCCGCCUGCUCUCCUGUGCUCCCCAACAUGCCUCAGGACGGCCACGCCUCGUGCCAGGGCAUGUCGCCUGCCGAGCAGCAUGCAUUUCACGCACGGGUCCAGACACUGAUGGAUCACUCAGGCCGAAGGCUCCGCAAGAGUGCAGAAAUCACCUGCGAUCCAGUGGCACUUUUUGAAGGCGACGACCCUGCAGCUGCUAGACAGGCCAAUGCUCAGCUGGGCGACACUCGACGGUUUUCAUCUGUGGAAUACCUACACACGCACUCCUUGGAGUCUGAUGCACUGAUGUCCCCACCGCCGGUCGAUGGCAAUGUACGAGGUGGCGCUGCGAUGUAUGCCGAGGUGCACAGGUCACACAAGGCUGAGAAAGGCUCUCCGACUCGCCUGCUGCCCAAGGGGGGCAAAAACAGGAAUGCAAACAUACUUUCGGCCGUGCUGUGCCUCAUCAAAGAGCUCGACUAUGCCAGCCUGGAGGUUGUGGAGACGGCUAUUCACUGCAGGAUGGAAGAGAUGGAUGAGAUGAUUAAGCAUGCAGCUGUUCAAGAGAAAUGCGAAAGCGAUAAUCAUACAGACACUGAUGAAGGCCACUGUGGAUCCAGUAGCAUCUUAGAGGACUUCUUUACGACCGUGAGAAAUCUCCUAAUAGCUUUUCCAUAAAUUUUUUUUUGUUUGUUUUUGAGAAUACAAAAUGCAGUUUUCUGUAAGCCUGCUUAUCUCACCUCUCUAUGCAUUA